UCACGGAGAUGGGCAAAUUGCGUCUGGGAGAGUCGUGGGUGUGGCUGAUUGCUGCUUGAAAAAGCCGGCUUGUGAACCUGCUUUUAUAAGAAACAGACGGACUGACAGCAGUGCAAGCACCGGUCAACGCGAACAAAGGAAUACAGCCAUAAGAAAAACCUUUUUAUAAGCAACAGAUUCCGAAUAUAGGCUACAUCUAAACGGUAACCAGAUGAAAAUGCUGGAGACUUCCAACAGCCAAUAUGACUCCUUCCUCUUCUGGAGGCAGCCAAUCCCUGAGCUGGAUUUGACUGAGUUGGAGGACCUGGCUAAGGUGGUGCCCAUCCAGAAGAACCAGACCAAGAAGCAGAAGUUGUCCCAGAAGCGUGAGGAACAAGUGGAUCACGAGUUAUCCGAGUACACCAGCUUCAACUACUGGAGAGAGCCUAUUGCCAGUAUUGACACACUCGAUUUCAAUUUGUUCUUGUGAGGUUAUAUACUGCCAGUACCUGUGUUUCACCAUGGUCAGGAUAAGUUUUGUUCUGAAUAAACCAGUUCAGAACAUUUGGAAAUUAUGUUAAAAAUCUUGCAAGUAACCCUUAUGUUUUAAAGAAGGCUUUAAAAAAAAAAAAAAAAAAAGAUUAUCUGAGGUUGAAUUGACUACUGUGAUGACCCUAAUAUUUCACACUGCUAAUGUUCAAAAUGAACUUGUGGUUGAUCACCCUCCUAACACACACACACACACACACACACAAAUCCUUCUACCAAUUCCCUGCCCUAAGAGUGAGUCUAGCAAUGCAUGGGAAUGUACAAUGGGAAGUAACACUAGAUGUAUUCAACGUUAAUUUAUAAUGGUUCUCUAUCAGUGUUCACUCUUCUUGUAACCAUUACAAAUAUAGUUGGGGGGAGGGAUGAGAGGAGGGGCCGGUAUUGAUGAUGCAGAAGUCUGGCAUCUCUUUCACUGAGGCAGAAUAUAUAAAACAAGAAAGGGAAUUGCGACUGUAGAUUGAGUGUCUUAAGUCAUAUCAAAACAGCCUGAAAUUCGCACACAUUAAAAGAUUAUGAUGGAUGGUGCUUGCCUUCAACCAGAUACAAAUAUUGUUGGAUGUUUUGAUGUUUUAUAGCGUGCAAUGGAGAAACGGUUUAUAUCAGUUGCCUUCUGUUCAUUUGAGAUUUCUUUUUCCUGAGUAUUUUAUGCUGCUUUCAGUCUGUUUUGAGCAGGCCUCAGAAAAGUAAGACUAUAAAAGCCUACCAUGAUUGUAUUUUUCUUUAUGUAUUUUUCAUUUUUCUGGUUAUUUCUUUGAAAUGAAGGCUGAGUAAAUUGAGACAAUUUCGCUGUUGGAUUCCAUCCAUAUUUGACUGCAAAUUGUAUUGUUGGUGAAUGUCCGUGGUGAGACGAUGUAAAGGGGUGUGGUAAUGUGGGUCUAUAUUGUUAGGAUGCCUAAUGAAAUGUGACUGCAAAGUUAGCCAAUGUAUCACUACACAUUUAGUUGUGCAUUUUGUCCAAGAUACUCCUCUGACCUUUUUUUGGUUUAACUAUGAAAACAAAACUGAAGGAUCAAGGUAAUAUCGGUCAUAAAAAUGCAUUUUAAAAACAUUCUCCAUGAAUAAACAUCUUAAUUGCA